AUGUAAUUGGAUUUAUAUAAAGAGAGACAAUAAUAGAACGAAAAUUCUUAACAAGUUAAAGCAGCAGAAGCAUUUCAAUCAUUAGUACAAUAUAUGAAUGAAUUAACUGAUUUGGUCAAUAAGAUUAAAUUAAGGAAUGAAGCUGAAUUCGUAAUUGCUUAUCAAAAUCAUAUGAAAAAAAUAAAAGCUGAAUUAAAAGAAUUACGAAAUAAAACAGAAGAACAACGUAGUAUUUAAAAUUAGAAUAAAAUAAAUGUCACAAAUAAUGACAAUGAGUUAGUUUAUUUUAGAGAGGAAUGUCUGAAGUUAUAUCAAAAGGUUGAAAUGAAAAGUAAGGAAAACUAUGAAUUAAGAUACAAAUUGACAGAACAAUAAAAGACAAUUGACUUCUUGGAAUCAUAAAUCAAAUCAUUAAUGAAAAAGGUCAAAUUAUAAGAAAUCGAUAAAGAAUUAUUACCAAAUCUCUAGAUAGAUCAGAUAUUUUGUACAAAUACUCCUGUUAAUUAACAAAAAUCUCAUCGAAGAAGGUUAACUGAAUAUUAGCCGAAAGUCGAACUGACCUCAUCAUUAUCUAAACAUCAUUAAUCCUCAAUUAAAGAAAUGUUUCCUCCUGACGAAUUAAACUAAGAAAACCUUAAAUAUGAGGAAAUUGUUAAUAAAUUCACUAAAUAUGUGACUAUAAUUGAAUAAAAAUACUAAAAUUAAAACAAAAUCCUAAACGAGAAAGUUAACAAACUGUUAAUAUCUUAAAAUAAGAAAAGCAUAAUAAGGAGUGAUCUUGAAUAUUGUUUUUUAGAAUGUGUUGAUGCUGUCAGGAGAGAAAUUUAGAAAAAAAGACCUUUAGGAAAUUUCUAAUAAUAUCAAUCUUAUUUAGAUACUAUUCAGGAUUUUCAAUAGUUCUAUAAAGAAGAUAAAAUCAAAAUAUUGGAAUUGGUAGUUAGUAAUGAAAAACUAUUAGUGUUUAUCUACUAGAAACUAUUUCCAAAUCAUGUGAAUUUAGUAUUACAAUCCAUAAAAGAAGAUAAAACUCUCCAGACAUUCUUAGAAUAAAAUGUUAAACAUUCAGUUACAAUACCUAAUAAUAAUGAAGAAAGCCUUUACAACAAUCAUCUUCUUACUAAUUACAAAGUUGAAGCACCUAAAACAACAAGAGAAGUUAGAUCAGUUUCUUUGAAUAAAUAGUUGGAGAUGAGAAAAGGGAAGUUAUUUUUUAAAUAAUAUUGA